AUGAAGCAAGUCGAGGACGAGGACAAGGUGGCCCCCUCCUACAUCAUGGGUGAGACGACCUGGAGCCCUGUGGCGACGAUCUGCCGGAGCCUUCGGCAAGGCGGAGUGGGUGAGCUCCGGCUUAGGGAAGUCCCUGAGCUCCCGAAGGACCCCAAUGGCGACGAUGUCUCAGCCAAGCUCUCCUUGAUGCUGAAUCGCGGUUCGACGGAGAAGCUUACGCAUUGCACCAUUCGAGCAGAGCUGGAAAGAGUGGUGCCGGCGCUUACGGGUCCGGACGACCCUCGGUGGCAGGGUGCUGGAACCCUGGUGGAGGAGCGCUUUCGAGGGGAGCAGCUCCUUGAGCAAGGCUACGAGGCCGCUGCAUUGGCGCGAUUGCGCCGCGUCGUGGAGUGGUCUCAGCGAGUUUCCGAGGAUCAGGCUUCCACACUUCGGGACGUGGCGGCGGCCAAAGCCUCCAUAGGCUGGACCCUCGCCUCGCGGGCAGCGCCCAUAUUGGACUCCGGUAGCGUCUCUUCCGAGGUCCUCAAGUCCGCUCGAAAAGAUCUAGCCGAAGCCGAGGAGCUUUGUGACUGGCUGGAGCAGAAUGCCGGCCAGAAUGCAGGCACCAAGCUCUUACGGGCCAAGAUCCUCGUUGCCAACGACGACGACUUUGCCGGCUUUUGCUCCCAGGAUCUAGAGCCAGUUGCCCUGGCGCCAUCUUCCCCAUUCAAUGCGGCUGAUUGCUUUCGUUGCGUUCUCAGCUGCAUGGCGCCUCGCUACAUCGACAGGUAUCGCGUGGCUAGCGGAGCCCGCCAGGAUGUCGGGUUCAACGACGAUUAUGCCUCCAAGGGCCAUGAGUAUUUCGAUGUGUGGGCUCCCGAAAUAGCGACGCACUAUGGAGAGGUUUUCUGGACGGAUCAGGGGAACCAGCCGCUUCCCACCGAGAUCGUGAAGCGCUUCAAGGGCAAGGUUAUAGCCAUCACUGGAUACGAGAUGGACCAGGUCAUGGUGGAGCCGGUUGGCCAGCCAGGCCUCCAUCCCGACAAAGAUGUCUCCGUUCCGAUCAACUGGGCCUAUAACCAUCACUACAUGGCCUUCAUGACCGGUGCCCACUCGGAGAUUCGAAGGGUGGCGGCAGCCCCAGGAGAUCCGAUGGCUCACGGGGCCAGCAGCAAACUGAUUGCGGUGGAUAGACCAUCUGCUGCCUACCGCGAGGAUCCUUCCAUUCCCACCUCUCAGUUCUUUUCGGAGGGGAAUGGCGGGGAAUCCCGGAAGUCCUUUCAUGGCUAUCCUGAGGGAUAUGCGCAGUUGAUUGAGUCUCCGGACACUUGGCACAUUACCCCUAUGCAGAUUGAUACUCGCAAUCGCGACUGCGGCGUCACACCUGCCAGCAUCACGAACUGCACCAAGUUCACACCAGGACCCGAGCCAAAACAGGCCAGGUACGGCCUGGGUGUGCCAAAGGACACGAACUACAGCGGUAUCUUGGAGUGUCCCUGCAACUCCCGGUAUGGCGGAGAUCCCAUGUUCUACCCAGAGGCACAGACGAAGAUUCUCAGCCACAAGUAUACGAUCGUUGGGACAGGGGCCUGCGCGGCUGGUGAGCUGGUGGAGAAUGCCAGCGACUGCUUUGCAGCAGCCACGACUUUGGGUUUAAAUGCCUCCCACUUCAUAAACAAGAGCGUGGCCGAUCCGGCGCUCCCGCCGGGCUGCUCUGUGACGGUGGAAGGCAAUCAGUCAGCCGUGGUCUAUUUCAACACGGCUGGCCGGGGGAAUUGCAGCGCCUCCUCGAAGCGCUCCGGGGAGGGAAGCUCCAAAGUUGGCGUGAACAUUGCCAUUGAGGUGGACGCAACGAACACGUUCCAGAGGUCACCCGCAGGGGAGUUCUGCGAAAACAAUCGCAAGGGCAAAAUCCAAGCUUUCCCCAUGCGGGUCUCUACGCUGGCGGCUGCAGAAGCAGCUCGCGACCAGUGUACCCAGUUCUGCUGGGAUGAUGCCAGCUGCUGGGGUUGCAGCGUGGACUGUGAGCAGGAGCCGUAUGCCUACGGCGCGCUCAUCUCCGCAUGCCAGUGGAAUGCCAUCACCUCCUGCGGAAAGGUCAUGAAGUGGUCGGGAUCCAUCCGAGGUGACAUCAGUCAGAAGCAGCCGCAGAAUGGCAGCGUUCGCAUCACUCUGUCGGGACCCGCAGGUGCAUGGUUUGGUGCCGGCUUCAAUGCUUCCGCCAUGGCCGACAGCCCUUACACCCUGGUAGCGAAUGACGCCGGAGUGACAGAGAGAAAGAUCGGCACCUGCGGUAGCGAGGCAGAGCACUGUCCGGGAGACCUCCUCUCGCCGAGCCUGAAG